GCGGAAAUCACAUACCGUUCCGGUUGGGGAUUCUCUCUAUCGCUCGGUUUUGCUCCGGCAAUGUCAACUCAUCGAGAAGAGGAUACCGCAGCCCCCGUGGACGCUGGUCCUCGGUUGGAAGUCGAAUCCAAUCCACAUCUGAUUAUCCGACAACAUUUGGAAGAGCUGUUGAAUGCAUCCAAAUCGGUUCCUGCAUUGUGCAAGAGUUCGUUCAUGUGUACCACACUGCGACCCGUUCGUGGUAUCGUACUGCUUGCCCUAUCUGCCUACGAUGUGGUCAUUAUCUAUCGAGCCAGUCUGAGCUUACGCAUUGCACUCAGUCCGCAACGGGUGAUCCUGGCCACCGGCACUUUGAGCACCGUGAAUCCGCCCAGUCAGGAGACUGUUCAGAUUAUGGACGCACACGCGCAACUAACCGAUCAAGCUGCUCUCCUGUUUCGGCCAGAUCUGUGGAACAAUGCUACUGUGGACAAUCAGUUGAGCAGCCUUGCUCCGUUGCCAGCAUUCCCGAGUUUCCUGAACUCUCUUCAAGAAGCAUUUCAAAUGGACAUUGAAGCGGAGGCGUGGACGGGGCUCACUGUAGCCCAACUGGCACAGAUUGUUCGCAGUCCACGAGUACCGACCAAGUCUGCAACGGGUGCAAAAUCUGCUCGACCGAGCUCCGGUCUAUCUACUUUGGAGUCAUACCUGUCAUCCAGUUUGUUGUUCCACGCUGCCCUAGCCGCUGUCACCAGUCUGGAUGUAGCCAUUCUGCCAGCCCACCUCACUGAUCCGGGUAGUGUGGAACAACUUACGGCCGAGUCCAAUGCGACGCGAAUCGCGGAUAUUCUUCGUGCCGGAGUGUUUAUUUCGCAUUGGAUCCCAUCCAACCUGACUGCCUUGGUUUCUCUCGUUCCUCAGCGUACUGGGGUGGAUGUUGCAUCCUGGCGAGUGACAAUACGGUUGAGUCCGCUUUCGACUCAGUUACCACCCGGUAAUAGCCCCGCCGAUCGAUGGCCCCCCGAGACAUUGAAUCUCAUGGAGAAGUUUUUCGAUAUCAGGGUAUGUGCUGCUCCAUUCCAACCGAGUGCAGUCACCGCAUUCUUCCGUCUCCUGGUCCUACCGCCGCGUGCACUUCGUUCCAUCGUGCGCCUCAUCCCAUUCGAUUUGCAUCCUCCUGCGCACACACCAAUUCAAUUGCGAUUGGGUUUGGUCCGACUGGGCACAAACAAACGAACAACCCGUGGAGCUUAUGCCGGGACUAGUUCACCACAUGGUCAACCCAGUGUGGAUGGCGCUUCCACUCAAUCUCCGGAUUUCAUUCCAGGCCUGCCCGGUAUCCUAGUUCGACCGCCCCGUAUCACUUUACAGCUGUUGGUGUUGCGUGCUGCACAUCCGAACAAACAAGGCUCAUUGGCCCAGUUAAUCUCCGUCGGCUAUGACUGGGAUGCCAAUAGAGUUACUAUGCUUGCUGUCUGUGGUUCCCCUCAUGCGACCGGAUCCCGUACAGGUUCCACGGAUAGUGUGGGUUCUAAUUCGACUAGUGGUCCCGGAGGAGGAGGAGGAGGAGGCGUCGGUGGCGGUGGCGGUGGCGGUGGAAGCACCACAGUUAGUAGUUUGUCACAGUUGUUACUGGAAACCGAAGUCGAGGCCAAUGCGAACAUGCUUGCCUCGGCCAGUGGUGAAUCUGCCCUGGUCCAAUUGGCCUCACUGAUCACUCAGACUGCGGCUGCCAGUUCAGGCACCACUUCAACUUAUUCCGGGACCGGAUCAAGUUCCAACACAGGAACCGGGGCUGGAGUCACGAGUGCAGGUGGUGCUGGUGCUGCCGCUGCUGCUGCUGCUGCUGGUGGUGGUGGUGGUGGUGGCAGUAGUGGCGGCGGUCCGAGUGUGGUCGCACCUGGAAGUGGUCCAAACAAGCCGUUGUUCACCUCAAACUAA